AUUAUGGAGGAUAUUUUAAGUUUUCAUCUUCGACUGUAAAUGGGUUGGGGUUUUAAUACCUGUGGCCCGAAUGAGGCUAUGGUUGUCUCUGGUUGCUUUCAUAAAAGUCCCUUACUAGUUCCUGGUGGACGAGUAUUUGUCUGGCCAGGAAUUCAAAGAGUGGAAAGGAUGCCAUUGAAUACAAUGACACUAAUAAUCGAAAGCCCUCGAAUCUACACUCAGCUUGGUGUUCCUAUCACAGUAACUGGUGUUGCACAAGUAAAAAUUAAUGGAAGUAACCAAGAAAUGUUAGCGGCUGCAUGUGAACAAUUUCUUGGCAAAUCAGAAAAUGAAAUACGUGAAAUAGCUCAAGAAACACUUGAAGGUCAUCAGCGUGCUAUUAUGGGCAAUAUGACAGUUGAAGAAAUAUACAAAGAUAGAAAAAAAUUUUCAAAAGCUGUUUUUGAAGUAGCCAGUUCGGAUUUGGUGAAUAUGGGAAUUAGUGUAGUUAGUUAUACACUAAAAGAUAUAAAAGAUGAUGAGGGUUAUUUACGUUCACUUGGUUUAGCAAGAACAGCACAAGUUAAAUGUGAUGCACGUAUCGGUGAAGCCGAGGCAAGACGUGAUGCUGGUAUUCGAGAGGCAGAAGCUGAAAAACAACGUGUUGCCGGUAAACUAUUAAAUGAUAUUGAAAUUUCUAAAUCAAAACGUGAUUUUGAAUUACAAAAUGCUGCUUACGAGAAAGAAGUACAAUCACGUAAAGCGGAAUCGGAAUUAGCCUAUGAAUUACAGGCAGCUAAAGUUAAACAACAAAUUAAGGAGGAAGAAAUGCAAAUCACCGUUCUUGAGAAAACUCAACAAAUCCAAGUGGAGGAAUUAGAAAUUGUACGACAAGAACGUCAUUUAGAUGCGACAGUACGGAAACCAGCUGAAGCUGAACGUUUUCGUUUGGAACGUCUCGCUGAAGCUGACCGGCUGCGUUUAACUGCCGAGGCGGAAGCAGAAGCUGAGUCUAUUCGGCUACGUGGUCUUGCUGAGGCGGAAGCAUUAAAAGCUAUAGCACACGCUGAGGCAGAACAAAUGGCAAAGAAAGCUGAAGCAUGGAAAAAUUAUCAGUAUCUCCGAAUUAUUCAACGAACGAUCAGUCAGUCAGUCAGUAACAACGUAGAACUCGGCAAUAGCGAGGUAAUUCGCACAGGAUGCGCAUAUGCCAAUAAGAGACUGAUCAAUUUCAGCCCUAAAACAUCAAUGGGAAGAUUCAAGUAAAACAAUACCAAGUGAAUUAAACUUCACCCCAUUGCACAAGCAAGUGGCUAUCAGGACUCAGUAGCUAAGUGGAUAACGCGAUGGUGUUUGGAGCGAAGGUAUUGGGUUCAAGUCCCAGAGUGAACAUCAACUCUCUGAGAUGCAGGUACGUCCAGCUGACGAGUCCCAAACAGGACGAAACGCGCGUCGAACUGUAUUCCACUGCUAGCCACUAUCCAUCUUUGCUUAUAACAAUAAUAAUAAUUGACGCGUACAUAAAUCUAUUCUGUUUUUACUCGUUCUUUUAACAAGCAAAUAUACUUUGCUAAUAUUUUUCUAUAUUUAUUUAUUUAUUUUUCUCUUCAGAACGUUGCUAAAUUAGACAUGGUAUUACAAUCAUUACCGAAAAUUGCUGCCGAGAUUAGUUCACCAUUAACUAAAUGUGAUAAAGUCACUAUGAUUUGUACAGGUGAAGGGGAUAUUGGUGUUUCAAAAUUAACUGGUGAAUUAUUUACAAUUAUGAAUAGUUUACCAAAUUUAAUACAUACAAUGACUGGUUUAGAUAUUUAUAAAAAUAUUAAAACAGUUUAAUAUUAAAACAUUGAAACUGUUUCUUUAUCUAAAUGCAAUCAAUCAAGCCGCGUAAUUCAUAAUGAUUGUUAAUUAGUAGUAUUGUUGUUGUUGUUGUCAAUGUAAUUUUAUUCUCCAAUUGUUUUAUGAUUUUUCUUUGUUUUUUUUCUCAUUCAUAUUUUGCCUACUUACUUAGUAGUAUAAAUCAAUUUAAUAAAAAUAUUUAACAAAGU